AUGCUACCACGUUUAUUCCUAAUUCUCUUCACAUAUCUCCAACCCAUUUUCAUUGGAGUUGCGAUAAAGUUUGUCAAUGGCACCGGCACCUCGGACACCAUUCUGGGCGCAAAUAGUGGCUCUCGGUUGCUGCUCUUUGCUACAACUGUGUAUAUGGGGAUAGCGGUAUCAACGGCAGUCUACCGAAGUCGGAUCAACAGGCUACGCGUGAUGGUCCGGGGAGCACUGAUCGGUCUAAUUCACCACACAUCUCUUAAUUUGACGCAUGACAGGUCUCAGGGUUCGUCCACAUUGACAUUGAUCACUUCUGAUAUUGACAGCGUUGAGUCUGUUGGCGAGACCUUCCACGAGACUUGGGCCCGGCUUGUGGAAGUUGUUAUUGGGACAACGCUGUUGGCCUCUCGUAUCCAAUGGUUUGCAUUUCUACCAUUCGCAAUAAUCUUCGGCAAGUAUCGCACAAGUCAGAAAUUCUCAUGUUCGCGGAUGAGCGCGUAUGUCGCAAAGCACCUGGAGAACCGACAAAAAGCCUGGAACGAGGCAACACAAAGCCGUAUUGCUGCAACAACUUCAACUUUGGAGGGAAUCAAGAGUCUGAAGAUAAUGGGCAUGGAAGACGCAGUCCAGUCUCAGAUUUUACGUCUACGAAGUGAGGAGAUUCAAAUAUCAAAGCCUUUCAGGUGGAUCCUAGUCGCCUACAAUGCAAGUGCAAAUGCACUUGGAAUCCUCGCUCCAGUCUUGACUCUAAUCCUCUUCGCUAUGUCUUCGAAAAGCGAUCGAUUGCAGGCCGAUCAAAUAUUCACAUCUCUUGCUCUACUAGCUAUGGUCACACAUCCAGCUAACAUGGUCAUGACUCUCAUUCCACAAGCUAUUUCUAUAAUGUCAAACUUCGAUCGUGUCCAGACUUAUAUCAGCCAGCCGUCUAUUCAAGACUCGCGGGAGUACUCUCCAAACGAUAACAUUGAACAAUUGGCUACACUUCAAGACAUAACAAUCCAACCUUCCUCAUUAGCCAGUCCUAUUCUUCUUGAUGUCUCCCAAGCUCUCGAUCGCAGCGAGAUUUUGAUCUGUGCUGGUACUGUUGGAAGCGGCAAAACAACAUUAGCGAUGACCAUUCUGGGAGAAACCACUCCAACCAAAGGAUCUAUCUCUGUAUCUUCAAGGAAGAUUGCAUAUUGUGCUCAAGCUCCAUGGCUACCUAGCGUCGCUAUUCGCGAAGCUAUAUCUGGGCACCUGCUCGACCUAGAUAUCGAUUGGUACAAUGCGGUGAUCGAAGCAUGCGGUCUAGUGUCUGACUUCGACUCUUUUGUCGGUGGUGAUUUGGCACUGAUCGAGAACAAUGGGAUGAACUUGUCAGGAGGGCAAAAACAACGCAUAGUAUGGGCUUUCUCUACCUUUUUGGCCGCUCCUCAUUUGCAAAAUAUUUUUCUGACAAAAGCAUUAAAGGCUCUUGCUAGAGCGGUCUACUCAAAAUACGAGAUACUCGUCCUAGAUGAUCCAUUUAGUGCUCUCGAUCCCGCUGUCACAGGUCAUAUCGUGCAAAGAUUGUUGGGCCCACGAGGUCUGUUCCGAAAAAUGGGGACAACAGUACUUUUGAUUAGUAACUCUAAGGACCUGUUUCCAAUUGCGGAUAGAGUGCUGCUUCUGCAACAUUCAAGACUACACCUUCAAACCCCGACCCAUCCUCAUGACCGGAAAGCCAUUACUGAGGGUUCUACAAUUCCGGAAAAACCCUUUAGCAGUGCUCCACACCAUGAGACGUCUAAGGUUACUGCGCCAAUUCGGAAGCUACACCUGAACGAUGCUGCGGAUGAGAUUUCUCGGAGGACCGGUGACCUUGCGAUCUAUGAUUAUUAUAUUAGCGCGAUUGGCCGAACAAAUGUUUUGAUUUUGGUUGCUUGUACUGCUGGUUUUGCGUUCGGUUCUACGUUCGCCCAGUACGUGCUCAAGUGGGCGACAGAAUCAGCUCCCGAAAGUUUAGCCUUCUACAUGUUUCUCUAUGCCGCAGUCUCUUCAAUUGCAUGGAUAGCAACUAGUGGGACGAUGUGGUGCGCUCAAUUGAUAGUCGCUGUCAACUCGGGGGCUGUUUUGCACGCGAACCUUCUCGAUCGGAUCCUCAAGGCACCUCUAUCUUAUUUCACUGAAACUGAUCUCGGUGCUAUCAUGAAUAGGUUUGGGCAGGACAUAAAUGUUGUUGAUAAGCAGCUUCCUUCAACUCUGGCAAAUUUAUAUACCCAAAUCUUCAAACUGGCGAUGCAGUUGAUACUGCUUUUGAAAAUCAGACCUGUGAUGGCUGUUACUUUACCAAUCUGUGCCAUGUGCGUGUACUUCAUUCAACGAAUUUACCUUCGGACAUCUCGACAACUGCGCUUCCUUGAGCUGGAGUCAAGAUCAUCGGUGUUCACCAACUUCCUAGACACGGCCAGCGGUAUUGUUACAAUCCGAGCGUUUGGUUGGAAAGACAAGUUCGAGAACGAAAAUGUCAAAUCAUUAGACCUAUCUCAAAAGCCAUUUUACAUCCUCCUCUGCCUACAAUGCUGGUUGAAGAUGAUCAUGGAUUGUAUCAUUGCGAUUUUCGCAGUCAUUCUGAUCGCUUUCACCGUUCUGUAUCGGAAUACGACCACUGGUGCGGACCUUGGCGUGGCUCUAAACUUGCUCAUCGUUGCAAACACAACACUCCUACGACUUGUACAGUCAUGGACAUCUCUGGAGACAUCUUUGGGGUCCAUUUCCCGAUUGAAGAGCAUACAAGACUGCGUCCCUAAUGAGGAUGACGUUGGGGGUACUUUAGAUCCUGACUCACAAUGGCCCUCUUCCGGCAAUUUGCAGGUCAAUGGCAUCUCAGUCGCCUAUUCAGAGUCCGCGGCACUUUCCUUGUCCAAUCUCUCUCUUGCGGUCAAACCUGGACAGAAGGUCAUUGUUAUAGGUCGAACAGGGAGUGGCAAAAGUACUUUGAUGCUUUCAUUGUUGCAGCUCCUUAGGCCCGGACAGGGGUCUAUCUCAAUCGACGAAAUCAAUAUCGGCCACCUGGCUCCGAGAACUGUCCGGAAACGCGGGUUCAUUGCAGUGCCUCAAGAUGGGUUCAGUAUUCCCACGGCCAGUCUGCGGUUCAAUCUAGAUCCCUACCACACAAGCUCGGAUCAAGAUAUAUUAUGGAGUCUCCAGAGGACAGGUCUUUGGGACAAGAUUUAUUCAACAUCGGCCAUUCCAGGAAGAAAAAAGGAAAACAUGGAUAUUGAUACUCAGAGUUUACUAGAUCUUCCUAUGUCUUCAUUUCUGCCAUUCUCGGCCGGACAGUUACAACUGUUUGCCCUAAGCCGAACACUGUUGCGAAUUCGAUCUUCUGGGCCACACAAGCCAGUUAUCAUCCUAGAUGAAGCUAGCUCUUCGUUGGACACGGAAACUGAGUCUAUUCUGACAGAUAUGCUUCGCCAUGAUCUUCAAGGCCACACUAUUGUUAUGAUUGCACAUCGCGUUGCGGGUAUCACGGGUGCUAUGAGACCUGGGGUGGAUGCAAUUGCCACUAUGCAAGAUGGAAAGCUACAAACGGUAGCUCUCGUGGGAUUAUCUGGUUGA